ACGUCAAACUCAACAUGGCUCCCCAUGGAAGAUGUUGUGAGGGUGAUCACCAACACCGUGAUACCCCCGAAAUGGGGAUCGAAUACAGCUUAUACACAAAAAUCAACAAAGAUAACCUCGAGUGUCUCAACGAGGCGGUGGAAGGUUCCGGCAAAACCGUCUUCAAACCGUGGGAGGAGCGUAUGAACUUCGACUUAUUUGUGGAUUCCGACGCCGAUGAGGAGUUACUAUUCAAUAUACCUUUCACCGGCAAUGUUAAACUCAAAGGAAUUAUCAUAAUUGGGGAGGACUCGGAUACCCACCCUUCAAAAAUUAGAAUGUUUAAGAAUCGGCCGUCGAUGACGUUCGACGAUGUGGGGGCCACGGCGGACCAGGAGUUUCAGUUGCACGUGGAUAAUCAAGGUACACUCGAAUAUGCAACUAAAAUUGUCACUUUUAAUAGUGUGCAUCACUUAACAUUGCACUUUCCGAGCAACUUUGGGGCGGAGACGACCCGUAUUUAUUAUAUAGGAUUGAGAGGGGAGUACAGUGAGGCGCACCACCAUGGAGUUACCAUUUGUACAUAUGAGGCACGACCGAAUGUCUCUGACCAUAAAAAUCCUCUGGAGGACACCGUCGGGCACCAGAUACAAUGACUUGAAGUGGCGAGUUCAAAUUGUGAUACUAAUUUAUUGAAAAAGUUCCAUUGUUUUGCUAUGAUUAAAUAAUAAUUUUUAAGCAUU